CGAUGUCGCGCGCGGCUGGGAACAUGGAGCCGAGCGAAGGCGACGCCGGGGCCAAGGUGGCCGUGUCGUUCGGCUUCAGCAAGAAGAUCGACCGCUCCAGGGUCAAGGAGGCGUCCGUUCUCCACGAUGAGAAGCCCAGCGCCGAGGAGACGGACUUCGUCACGGGCGUGGAGGGGAAGGAGGUCGUGAGCGUCAAAUCCAAGGAGAAGGUAGGGGAGCUGGUGAUACCACUGAUCCAAAAGAACCGAUAUGUGGGCCCUGCACUGGAGAAGCACAAUACCACGGAGGGGCAAGAGAAUCAAGGGCAAAAGAAGGACGAUGUGGAAUCCAAGGCCAUCCAAGAGCUGUUGGAAGAGUCACGGAGGUUCCAAGAACUGCAGAAUGGGGGUGAGAAGGUUGAUGAAAACCUCGCGAUCCCACUGCUCAUGCAGAACAAGGUCCCUGACGGAUAUGAGGAUGGGGACAAAGUGGACGUCAGUCUGAGACCCGAGUCGGCAACGGAGGCAGACUACGCUGCAGUCCCCAUCGAGGCGUAUGGCUUGGCAAUGCUAAGAGGAAUGGGUUGGAAGAAAGGGGAAGGCAUUGGCAGAACUUUUAAACAAGACGUGAAGCCUAUUGAAGCCGAGGUGAGGCCAAAGGGCCUGGGUUUGGGAGCGGACCGCUCGGCGGCCGAUGCCCUCAAGGACAUGAAGCCUCAGCGGCCACUCAAGCCGGGCGAGAAGCGCCCAGAGGAGCAGCCCAAGGGCUACGCGGCCGGCGCGUUUGUGGUUGUGGAGAAAGGGCCACACAAGGACUUGUAUGCGAAGGUGGAUGGCUUGGACCCAGACAACGCACGCUUGGUUUUGCGUCUGGCGAUCGGGGGAAAUGUGAUCACCAUCAGCCAGUACGCGACGCGUCUGGUGAACAAGGAGGAGUACGAGAAGUACAGCAAAGACCUCAGUCGCUUAAGCAAGGCGCACAAAGAUAAAGAGAAGCAGGAGAAGAAAGAGAGGGAAAGGGAGGAUGAGCACCGGGAGAGUCGCUCCAGCGGCAAGAGGGAUGAGGGUAAGAAGAACUCCCAUGACGGGAGCAAAGCCGGCAGACCGAGAGACGACCGGCACAAGGACGACGACGACCGACACGGCAAAAAGAGGAAACACGAAGAUAAAGACGACGGCCGGAAAAGCAGCAAACAGGUGGUGGCUGCGAGUACUUCCUCGAAGCCGCGCUGGCUGCGCAGGGACCUGCGGGUCCGUUUUGUGGACAAGUUUUACAAGGGAGGCAAAUACUACAACAAGAAGAUGACGGUGGAUGAUGUGGUCACGCCAGAGAUAUGCGUUUGCAGGACAGAAGAAGGCCAGAUAUUGGAAGGAAUCGAGCAGUCCAUGCUGGAGACCAUAAUACCCAAGACGGACAAGGAUUAUGUCAUGGUGGUACUGGGGAAAUACAAAGGACAGGUGGGGCUCAUCUUGAACAGGGACAAAAACAACUGCCAGGCGACCGUGCAGCUCACGGGCCAGUCGGACCAACUACUCAAGCUCAGCUAUGACGACAUGUGUCACUAUGUGGGCGAAGUGGAUGAGUUUGAGUGAGAGUGUGCACGGGGACUCCACCCCACGAUCCACCUUGCCGCAACCCGGCAGCUUGCCGCACGAGUUUGACGGUGCAACCCAAAAAACUAAAUAUUUCUGUGGCUGCACAUGUAGGCUGUGUCACAAGUGGUCUUUAACAUGAGUUUUGGGGGGUUUGUUAAUGGGAAAAUAUAAUUGAAUUGACUAUCAGAUGCACCGCCGUGGUGUUCUAGUGAUGUCACUGUGGAGUGACUGCCGUACUGUUCAAUGGCCCCACGAUGAUGUCGCUGCAGUGCCACGGCAACGUGCAUGCAGUCACUUCAGGGUCUUUAUCAUUAACUCGUGUAUUACAACUUGGGAUACAGCCUAAGCAUGCCUAAUGUGUACAACUGUGUCAAUCCACUGCUUAAUGAAGACCUCCCACACCAGUCAUGGAGGUUAUUUGACCAUGCUUCACAUCGGUUCGUAUGGUUUGGUGAAGGGGACGCUCAGGAUCAGUUCUGGCAUUACCACUGAUAUUAGUCGACUAGAAAUCAAACUUAGGUUACCUGGCUCGCAGUGCACUGCUCUUUAGUUUUUUGGGUGACAUUAAAUACAAUUCACACGUAACUCGGCACUCCAUAUACUGCUCAUAGGAUUCCUUAUGGCAGACUUAAUCUAUACCCAAGAUGCCUAACCUGAAACCAGCCCUAACUAUUCACUGGCAAGCUGAUGCAAAGUUCGAGGCUCGUUGUAAACCUGGUUGCUUUCAAAGGAUGUUUUUCCCAACUGAACAAAGUGUUUUGCUUCCAAAAAGGCUAUUUGUGAUAGCGCUGUCACCUCUAUCAUUGCAUCUUGUUCUAUUAUAACAGGGCAAUGCCUGUCUGCAUUCUGUCGUUAAUGGCAGCGGAGAAAUGUGAUCUGAAAAUCACGUGGUGUUAAAAUACAGCCAGUGGCUGCUGUAAUUGAUGAUGAUCAAGUGAGCAGACUCCCUACUGCCUUUUUAGUUCAUGGGCCACAGCAGAAUUUGGUACCACAGUUGGUGUAUAGGGCUAAUAAAUAUGGCUUGUGAUAAUGUUCAUGAGAUAAGGUUAUUGCAUAAUUAAUUUUUUUUUGCAAAACUCGAUUUUUUUACGCAGGAAAGCUUCACCGAGUUUCAAGAUUCUUUUUAGGAGGAUCCUGUCAUGUUUUUGCAGUCGGGGACAAUACUAUAAUCCCAAUUGAGUAAUUUGCAGGUAAUUGUCCAGCACGGGGAUUUUCGAUCAAUACCAGUUCCAUUGGCUGGUUCUAUUUGAAACCAGACAUCGAAUGCAGAACAGGGGGAGGGGAGACAUCCAAACUCCACACAGAAAGGUGCCCAACUUGGAAAUCGAACCACAGGGCGUCUUGCUGUGGGGCACAAGUGUUACCACUGUCAACCUGCCGCCAAUCGGGUGUUGCCAAGUACGGCAUUCGGUCUUGGCCCAUUUAAUAUUUUGUUAGGAAUGUAAAGAUUCAAAGAUUGCUAUUAAAAUCCAUUCUUACGCUCACGCAAAUAUGCCGGGAAUCAUGCCCCUCAAUCGCAAAGUUUUGUUGCAGUGGUGAACAUGCCGAAAGGUCACCUGAGAAAGCAUGGUCAUCAUGGGUAGCUAGCUUAUCAUUGGUGGAAACUUCCAUGGGGAUUGCCUUGGAGUGUGUUUAACAUUAUAUAUUUAAUCUGCAAUACUGUGUAUUGCUCAAAUGAGUGAAUGUGCUGUCUGGUGUAGUUACCUAACCUGUACUUCCACAUGUUUGUGGUUUAAAUUUAUAUGGUUCAAUACAUUUGUACAUACCACUCAGCAACAAGGUAUUUUGUUGGGUUGAUAUAAAAAAACACUUGUAAUAAAUGUAAUAGUCCAGUG